GAGGAGGCGGCCGGAGGGGGGCGGAGGAGGCAGGGACGGGCGGGCGGGCGGGCGGAGGGAGGGAGGGAGGGGGGACGAGCCGGAGCCGCCUGUGAUCCUGUGACAGGAGCGGCUGCUGCUGCUGCUGGCGCCGCCGGUGCCUCCCUCCGCCCGGCUCGCCGGGUCGCUGUCCGAGCCCCCCGGCCACCCCCCCCCUCCCCUCCCCCGGUUCCCUCCUCCUUUCCCCGCUCCAUCCCGGGCCGUCGCCCCCGCAGACCGUCCCGGGCCGCGUCAGCGCCAGCCGGGCUCACCGCGCCGCCCCGGCUGCCCCUCCGCCCGCUCCGGGACAGGGCGCGGGGCCGCCGCCGCCGCCGCUACUGCCGCCGCCGCCGCCGUCGCCGCCGCCGCCGCCGACCGGGCGAUGCCGAAGCCGCCGCUGCUGCUGCGGGGGAGCCGCCCCGGGGACAGCGAGCUGGGGCGGCAGUUCCGGGACUGGUGCCUGCGCACCUACGGGGACUCGGCCAAAACCAAGACGGUGACCCGGAGCAAGUACCAGCGCAUCGCCGAGGUGCUGCAGGGGGGAUCCGGCUCCGGCGGCGGCUCCGGCGGGGGGGAGAAAGGCAAGUUCCAGUUCUGGGUCCGGUCCAAGGGCUUCCGCCUGGGAAACGGCACCAGGGAGGCGACGAAGAUGGGUCAAGUGGUGGUAUAUGUGCCGGUGAAAACGGGAACGGGGGCAGAUGGACUGUCGGAGCCCGAGGGCAUCUCUCUGAAACGCGUGGCGGUGGUGGAAGAUUUCUUUGACAUCAUAUACUCGAUGCAUGUGGAGAGCUCGUCGGAGCCAGGCAAAGCACCCAAACAUGCCGGGCAGAAGAAAACCUACCGAGCGAUUGCGGAGACAUACGCUUUUCUCCCGAGAGAAGCUGUGACCAGGUUCCUGAUGAGUUGCACCGAGUGCCAGAAGAGGAUGCAUUUCAACUCCAACGGACUGGAGCCCAAAGAGAGCGAACCACCUUCCUCUUUGGUUUCUGGGAUCAUUGACUACAACAUGCCCCUCACCUCUACUUACCUGAAGCAAAUGAAGCUGCGGGUAAUGAAUUCCCAGGAACAGGAUGAGACAUCGGUGAGCAGCGAGGACUUUGAUAUGAACGACUCCACAUGGAUCUCAGCUGACCAGCACCUGAACUCCAGCCUGAGCCCCAGCCAGGACGAGAGCAUGCGCAGCCCGCAGAACCUGCACGGCCAGGAGGACGAUGACUCCUCGUCAGAGAGCUGCAGCGGAAAUGGCUCCUCCACCCUGAACCCCUCCACCUCCAGCAGCACGCAGGGCGACAGUGCCUUCCCCGAAAUGAACGGGAAUGGCACCGCGGCCCCCAUGGACUUCACCGCCUCCGCCGACGACCAGCCCAUCAACCUCUGCGACAAGCUCGCGCCUGCCCACGUCACCCCUUCCUACCAGUCGGACGGCUGCAGCGCUGACGGGCUGCGCAGCAGGGUCAAGUACGCGGUGAAGACCACGGCAGAGUCCCCUCCGUACAGCUCUGGCAGCUAUGACUCCAUCAAGACAGAGGUCAGCGGCUGUCCGGAGGACCUGACUGUUGGCAGGGCCCCCACGGCCGACGAAGAUGACGAUGAUCAUGAUGACCACGAAGACAACGAUAAGAUAAAUGACUCGGAGGGGAUGGACCCGGAGAGGCUAAAGGCCUUCAAUAUGUUUGUGCGCCUUUUUGUGGACGAGAACCUGGACCGGAUGGUUCCCAUCUCUAAGCAGCCCAAGGAGAAGAUCCAGGCCAUCAUCGAGUCCUGCAGUCGGCAGUUCCCCGAGUUCCAGGAGCGGGCGCGCAAGCGCAUCCGCACCUACCUCAAGUCCUGCCGCCGCAUGAAGAAGAACGGGAUGGAGAUGACCAGGCCCACGCCGCCGCACCUGACCUCGGCCAUGGCGGAGAACAUCCUGGCUGCCGCCUGUGAGAGCGAAACACGGAAAGCAGCCAAGAGGAUGCGGCUGGAGAUCUACCAGACCUCCCAGGACGAACCGAUCGCUCUAGACAAGCAGCACUCCAGAGACUCCACAGCCAUCACCCACUCCUCCUAUUCACUGCCAGCUUCAUCUUACUCCCAAGACCCGGUCUACAUCAAUGGAAGCCUGAACUACAGCUACCGUGGCUACGGGUCCCUGGGGGGCAGCCUGCAGCCGCCCACCUCCCUCCAGACGGGCAACCACAGUAACGGUCCGACCGAUCUCAGCAUGAAAGGUGGGGCCUCCAGCACGGCCCCCUCCAACAGCACCAGCAGGGGAAUGCAGGCUGCCCAGCUCAGCCCCACGGAGAUCAGCGCGGUGCGGCAGCUGAUCGCUGGCUACCGAGAGUCAGCGGCGUUUCUGCUUCGAUCUGCAGACGAACUGGAAAACCUCAUUUUACAGCAGAACUGACUCCCCGUGUCUGCAUCGCUCCUCUGUCGAGAAGACAAUUUAUACCUGCUAGAAAGAGGCUCCCAGCGGUGUCCUGCUCAGGACCACCAUCGUCCUCCCGUGAAACGGCGGGUACAUGUAGUUUUAGAAGGUGGAAUCCAAAAGACCUGUUUUCUUUUACACUCCAAGCACCUGGGACUUCAGGCACAAGGACACGUUUUUGAAGCAUACCAACACCCGUGCGUCCGGCCGACCAGAAGCCAAACCUGCAGCUUGGAAGGAUGUGGGACUUUCAAGGGCAGAAGGGAGCCUGGGGAGGUUUGGGGCUGCAGAUGUAUUUAGAAUAACCUUUGUGGACCCAAAUGUUAGAUUCCCGUCCCCAGAUAAUUUCCAAGUCUUAGGUGAGCUGAAUCACAUAUUUAUUGAGAAAUGGACCCUCCUCUCCCCUUAGUAAUUUAUUUUUCUGAAAAUGGAUUCUUUUGAGUUUGUACAGAUUGCCAGUUUUUUUGUCUGUCUGAUCAGAAGGAAUUUAUUCCUGUGAAAUAACACAUUCCAUAUCACUACACUACUAAUUUCCAGGCAGUUCUGCCUGUUUCUCUGGGGAGCCCUUGUCCCACAGGGAGCAAGUUUGCCAUCCAGCCCUAGACUUCGAGGCUGCUCAACCUCCAGUAAGCGUAGGUGGCAGCUGACCGACGGAGCAAGCAAGCGUCCUGCUUAGACCUUCGUUCUAAGCGGUCCCGUAGCAGCAGUGGGGUCUAAAUCUCCCGAGAGACUCGGCAAGCUCAGCAGACCUCCGCCUAGAAGGACGUCUCGCACUCAUUUAAGUCAUUGCAGAUAAGAGAAAGAAGGAAGGAAGGAAGUACCUGAGAAACACUGUCUUGCGGUCACCAUCCGUACUCUACCUCACACUCCAUUGUGGGCUUCUUCCAGGACUGGCCGAGCUGGGCCUGGGGGACGGUGAGUGUCGCAGACGCGUGGAUCGCGCCGAGGAGGCUGGACCCAACGCGGCAGGUCCAGCGGAUCCGCCGGGGUCCUGCUGCUGGGCGGCAGCUCGCCCCCACCCCGCUGCGCCCGGCUGGUUGUUCACCGGUCCCUGUGAAACCAGCCCUGGGGUAGCACCAGGAGAAUAAACCGUUCAGGAACCGCAUGGGUGUCAUAAAGGCUAAUGCCGAGUCUCUGCCCAAAAAGCGAGCUCAGCGUGGCGAGCCGCUCGCGCCUCUGCAGACGACAGAGACGGGCGACAUUCAGCAGCAGAACUGACAAAAUCCUCUCCAGGGCCCAGGAUCCUCCCCCCCUCCCUGCUCACAGUCCUGGAAAAAGCCCACAAUUCCCAAAGUGUGGAAAAACCGUAGUCCGAUGACCAUUCUGCCCCGUUACUGCCCCCCCCCCCUCACCUCCCCCAAUAAUGCACUUCGUUUUGCUCAGUGCAAUACCUACUACCAGUGCUGCUAAACCCAGGGACUUCGCUCGGGCACGGCGGUGCUGAGCCGAGCCAAGCAAUGGACCGUGCUCCGGAGCCACGUAGAGCAGCAGAGACGGCUGCCGGGGAUCCCGGCUCCUCCUCAUCCCCCCCCCAGCGCCGGCGCAGCUCCCCCCAGCCCGGGCAGGAAUCCUCACCACAAGAUGUAGAUUGGAUAAACGUAAACCCCUGUACGCUCCUUUUUAAAGGUAGAUACUUUCUCUCUAUGGAGCCAGCUUUUUUUUUUUUUUUCUUUUUUUUUAACUUCUUUUUCGGCCACUCUGAGCCGGCGGAGGGAGGCUGCUGCACCGGGGGGGGGCUGAUGCCGCUGGCGUGGGCUUGAGCUCGGUGGCAGCGGCUGGUCCCAGCCAGGAGCGGACCCGGGCAGUUUAUACUCAGUAGCCUUUCUACCCAAUUAUCCUCCCCACACACUGGAAGAGAAGCGAAACCUCUACCCUGCUCUUAGUCUUAGUAUGGAAAAAAAGCCGCCGGCUCCUGAGGACGGGCUCUCCUGGCCCCGCCAGCAGAAGGGAUUAACCGUUGCGUUGACUGUUUUCCCCAAACCUUAAACUUUCCGCAGCAUUUGGAGAAAAGGGACCUAACUCCUGGCCGUGGGGCGCAGCCAGGGUGUCCGUGCAGAGAUGAGGUGGUGCCUCGUUAGAGCUGAGCCGAUGCCGGAGCCGGGAGCACCGUGGCCAUCCCGAGCCGUGCCCGGGCUGAGCCCCCCGUCCCCCUCCCUGCCCACAGCGGGCAGGAGAGCGGGUGGGGGCCAGCGCAGGACAUCAGCCUCCCCCCCCAGCCCCGAGCCAGGGUUCAGCCUCACGCUUUCCCCAGCACUUCACAAGCCUGCUUGGUUUGUCCACUGCAUCCUCCCAUACUUGGAAUUUAUGUAAAUAUUUAUUUUUGUGUGAAUACCAUGAAGUAACAAACCUUUGACAAAACAAAAAAAAAAAAAAAAAAAAAAGAUAUGUAACCGCAGCCAUUCGUGAAAGUCUUAACGUUAAGGAAGGAGAGGCAGAGACAAUCGCUGUCCCGGAAUUCUCUCUCUCUGCGCUAUCCCACCCGAGUCGGUGCCUCCGUCCCCGUCAGAGGCCAUCGAGAACAUUUAGCCAUAAGUUUGCCAUCCAGUUUACUGAAAAAAAAAAAAAAAAAAAAAAAAAAAAGAGUUUACCCAGGGGCUUAUGGACAGAUCACCAUCAGCGACACUUUGUUUAAAGUUUUAUUUAUCCAAGUUUUUAGCUGUCGUUACCAGAUCACCUUUGAACUUGUCUUAGCAUGUGUUGAAGUUGAGUAGCUCUUACGCGUUGUUAAACUGCUCUAGCAGACAGAUGAGGCUCACGGCUGCGUAGGAAGGUUUCCAACGGUCUACCCCGGCCGAACGACUGAUGUUCGUAACUUGCAGCUGAAUGGUACAGACUCAGAUUC